AUGGCGUCUCUGCCUCCACAAAUACGGCGCCGUUUUCUCAGCACCACCACAACCAAUGUCUCAAGGAAAUGGGCCGUGAAGAAGGUGACGAAGUCCAAUUUUUCCGAGUCCCUGGAGGAGUUCAAGAACCACUUGUCUAGUUCCGACUUCGUGGCCGUCUCGCUGCAGAAAACGGGGUCGUAUUGUGCGCCGUGGCACCGCCCCCAGCCCUUCGACACCGUCGACACGUCGUAUUUCAAGGCCAAGUACGCUGCCGAGCGGUUCCAGCUUCUCCAGUUCGCCGCCUGCCCUUUCACUCUCAGAGCCUCUAAGCUCACCCCUCACCCAUACAACUUUGUAUUGUUCCCAAGGGAUGAAUUGAAGAUGGGGAUGCCAACUUAUAGCUUUUCAGUUCAAACAUCACAUUUGACUUCCAUGGCGGAAGAAGGUUUUGAUUUCAAUGCCUGCAUAUAUAAUGGUAUCUCGUAUUUGUCUAGAGCACAGGAAUCUGCAGCUAAAGUUCGGAUAGGGAAUCCGGCCGCCAUCAGCUGUGUAACGAACACUUCUUCAACCCAUACCAUUGCUGAUACAGUUUUCGUUGAAAGAAUUAAAUCGCGAGUUAAGCAUUGGAAAACUGCAUUUAAAAGCACAAAGAAAGAUGAUGCUCUGUUGAGUUCCUUAAGAAAAAUGGUAAUGCGAAGUGAAAUGUACGGAACAAGACCUUGCAUGGAUCUAGAUGUUUGUAGUGAACGUCAAGUGCAGCUUACACUGGAGAUGUUGAAAGAGUUCUCUGAUGACCUUGUUCCUUUAAUAAUCCCAGCAAAGGGCGGAGGAACUCAGGCUGUUCGUGUUGUUUUGACAAGUUCUAAAGAGGACAAGGAAUUGUUUGAGAGAGAGCUUCAAAACCUCGAGGAGGAACAAAACAAGAGAGUUCGUGGAUUUCGAGAGGUGAUCGAUUUGAUUUCUGCUUCACAGAAACCUGUUGUCUCCCACAAUUCCCUUAAUGAUUUCACAGUUAUUCAUUCAGAGUUUCUCUCUCCCCUGCCGAUUAAUGUAGAUGAGUUUGUGGGUUCCUUGCGCUCGGUUUUCCCCCACAUACUUGAUAUCAGCCAUCUGAUGAAGAAUAUUGGCCCUCUAAGGACGAUGACCAACAUUCAUGCAGCUAUUUCAUACUUGAAUAAUCAUUACUUUGCACCCAUUGAUAUGGAAAUUUCGCCUCAAGAAAAUGAAGGCAACAUUCAUAAUCUUUGUGUUGUGAAGAUGUGCUACUUUUUUGCAAAGCUCUGCUCCAUUCUGAAAAUUUCCGAAAAUGCUAUGGUAUCUAACAAUGCACUGUUGGAUCCAGCCCUCGAAGAGUACAAAAACAUUUCCGGCCCCCAAGAAUCAACCAAUGAGGAUGUCAGAGUCUGGACAAAGAAUAUGAGAAAGGUCAGCUGUGAUGAUUUGGUAUUCUUAUGGGGAUUCAGAAGUGGGAUGACUGCGGGGAUGCUCAAGAGCUUGUUGCACAAGUCGCAUGCCGUCUUCUCUGAAGAAUUUGAUGUUCGGUUAGUGGAUAAGAGCUGUGCCAUUGUUGUUUUCUGGGAACCCUCUUUAUCCCAAACUUUUCUGGAUGCCGUGAGUAGUGAAGAGAUUUGUGGUUCUUUAAGGGAGAUCAUUUCGGAGGGCCUAAGAGCAUCGAAUUAUGAAACUUACAAGAGAGUCUGCAGGUUAGGCUUAUGGGAGGCAGAUUUAGCAGAGUCCAUGGACAAAGCCUUGGAAGACUCGGACUGCCUUAUGGAAGCUACAUAUUCUAAUGACAUUUAUUGGUCUAGCGACUUUACGAUUAAUUUUGAUGACUUGUAAUAUGUAAAACUCCAUAUGUUAGAAAUGAGAUCAGUUUUGUUCCAAAA